GUGCUGCGUUACCGAGAGCUGAUGGAGCCAGAUGAGAGAGGCAGGAGGCGAGCCCCUCCGGUUGCGCGUCAGCAUCCCCUCAAAUAGGAAUCCGCUGCUGUCACUCCUGCCCCACAUACUGAGAGACGGCCGCCUGGAACCCUGAAACAACAGUCUAAAGCGAAUUUCACUUGGCAUGCAGCUGUUUUUGCAUGUGAUGCCAAAGAAGAAGAGUCAGGGGAGGCUGUGAGAAGGCUGGAGCCUGGCAAAGAAUGAUAGUGAGGAUCAAAGCGCGCUGUCCCAGGAGAACUCAUCUGAAGAGCUGGCCGCGAGAGACCGGGAUGCUCCUCUAACGCACCAGGAGGCCAGUUUUCCUGAGCAGACGGAGUUUGAGCUCGAGUGGAAGUGAGUGAGUAAGCAAGAGGGAGUAGGUGUCAUGGAUGAUAAAGAUACAAAUGUCGUGGACCCGACCUACCAAAACUUGCUGCUUCUUGGAGCCAUCGCAGCGGCAUCGGCUUUUGUGGUCACCAUCCUUAUUGUCCUUGUCUGUGUUGGUUGCCAAAGAAAAAGCAAGAGCAAGCACCCCCCAGCCGGAGAGAAAGGGACAUCUGUAAAUAUGCAGGGUACCCUUCGACACCCAAAACUGAACUCCAUGAGCAAAUCUGACACCCGGCUGCAUGAGAUCAAUCGCUUUCCCUGCAAUGGAAACUCUGUUAGCAAGAGCCGUCCAGCCAGUAUGGACCUUCUGCUCCUCCACAGCCGGCGCUCACAGACGGACCUGAGGCCCUCCCAUGGGCGCCAGCUUCCACAGAUCCCCACCAGUCCCCAGGGAUCUGGCCAUGGGGGAGGAGUGGAGACAGGAGGGGAUGGGGUAGGAGGUGCAGGAGGAGGGGGGGGAGGGGGAGGAGGAGGGGGAGGAGGAGGGGAGGCUAGAGACCACACCUACACCGAGGUGGGCAUACGGAACAACCCCACCCCUACCCACUGUCUGGAUGACGGCCUUUAUGAAAGCGUAGGUGUCCGGGAAGGUGACUCAGGCCCCAAGGUACCCUCGGCCCCGCCCCCAACAUCAAACAACACCCCGGCUACAGUCAGAGCUGCCCAAAGUCCCCCAGCUCCAGCCAACGGAGUUCGCAAUGGGAACGGACAUGUGAAUGGGGGCAGAGGGAACGGCAGAGGAAAUGGCGCCAUUAACGGACCGAUGACAGGAAGAGGUAAUGGUGCGAGUGGGAUCAACAGGUCACCUCUGUCUUCUGUCAACUCCUUGGCCAUUCAAGAUCCAACCGCAGCUGAGUAUGCUUCCAUACGGAAAUUCAGAAAGGUCGACAAGACCAACAGGAAGGAAAAUAACGGGGGCGACAGCCAGUCAGACAGUCAAUCGAGUGUGAGUGAUUCACCCUCUACAGCUCCUCUUCCACUACAUCGCAGUCAGGAGUUUCUGCGCAAAGGACUGGAGCCGUUUCACCUGCACUCCUUCCCAAAGAUUGCAGACACCUACUCCAUUGUGUGUAAAACCCAGAAGAAGAAACCUCCCAUGGAAAACAACGGAUCAAAGACCCUCCCACGCUCCUUUGGUGGAGGUUCCCGGGGCAGAGGCCGAGGAGUUCAGGGCCAGGCACGUUCCCAGGAGGAGCCCUGCUAUGAGCCCAUAGGAGACCGGUCCUGGCCCACAUGUGCAAUGACCGAGUCUGACCCUGCGUACGCUACUAUCGACACCCACCGGAAACGGGAGCAAGCGGCAACCAGUAACAGCACAGCUGGGGGUUCUGCCACUCUGAAGAGAAAGAAGCAGACACCGCAGCAGCAGGCAGCACCAUCGGCACCUCAGAGCUCAGGACCCACCGCCCUGCCUACUAGAGGACUGCCUGGUGGGGAAAACUUCUAUGAGACCAUCAGUGAUGUGAAACAAGGGGGCAACAGCUCCAGCACCACUACCAUCUUCACCUUCAAUGAUGGGAUGGAGAUGUACGUCACUGGCCUGUAGCUGGCUGACAGGCGGAAAGGGCCCAGAACCCACUGGUACAGAGUCAUGAAAGGGACCCUCCUGUUCACCGGCCAACAGGUUGCUGUACAUACAGUAGAUACAAGGCCCUCUCUAGACAAACAACACGAGGAUCCAUUUUGUGAUGACAUCAGGUAUAAACAGGGUCUUAAUCCAGGUUCAGACUUCCCUUGAUUGGUCUGUACUUCAGAACCAGCUUAAGACUAGUCCAGCCCCAAUAUGGACCAAAUAUGUUUUAACAAAAAAAGAAAGAAAAGAAAACUAGAAUAUAUGUCUUCAACCUACUGUGUCACUGACCAUACUCACCUGUUUGUGCAUCAUUUUCCAUAAUAUUUUAUUUUUAUAUGAACACUGUACUUUUGAAAGAGUAUGUGGUGUAACUCACAUCCUGAGAAGAAUACACUUUAAUAUACAUUAAAAAAAAAAGUGCAUGCAUUGUGCAAACACACACAUGAGAAUAGACAGAAGUAGCAAGGUAUAUUGUAGGUAUAUUGGGAGUAUGAGGCACACUGUUAGCUGUCUCACACACACACACACACACACACACACACACAAACACACUUAUGGGGGACUUAUGUAAUAUAAGCAGAUGGAUGUCACAGAGAUUUGCAGUGCUUAGCUCUCCCUCAGCAAACAUCUGAAACCGGUUCUCUGUGUGGCCUGUUGCCUGGCAGACAGCAUUGUGGUGCUUUGUUCAAACAUAGGCCUAACUUUUAUAGACCUGCUUAAACACAGUUAAGUGAAGGCUAUAGUCCCCAUUUUACAAAUUACUAUCAUCAAUGUGCCCUAAAUGUAUUAGCAGUUUUCUAUCAAUUUACAGCCCUCAUAACUAUAAAAAAGUGAGUUUUGCCCAAUAAUGUAACUUUCAAUCCACGCUCCACUUUGACAAACAUCCGUAGCCUGAGGCAACAGAGGCAAAACACCCCUACACAGAUCCACACAUACUUGGCAGAGCCAUGCGGGGUAAAGCGAUCAGGUCAAGGUCAGUUUAGUGGGUUGUGCAAGAAUUUCCCCAGCGUGGUAUGGGUGAGAGAUUUCACAAUGCAAAACCUUAACUGUAUUACUGGGAAAAAUAAGAGAAGAAUAUUUUUUUUUAAAUAAGGAAACAAAAGAGUGUCCAAAAUAAUAAAGGAUGUUUUGUCCUGUGUUGGUAAUAUUUCAUGUCCUUUGGGCACUGUAAACAUCUGAUUUAAUGACUAUUAGAAUUUUGCACUGCACAGCUGCAAGGGUGUUUGGCUUAAUUGUGCAUUAACAUGCUGUAAAGGGUGUUUCUAAGUACAGUUCUGAUUUGCUCUGUAGUCGUAAGACAAAGCCGGAGCUCCCCAUAGCUCUACAGACUCAGGUCUGGUGGUUGAAAUAGCAACAGAGGGCUUAGACUCCAAGGAAAAUAAAGAGCUGGGCAUAAAGAUUAACAGCAAGUGUCCUUUGGCAGGUUGCCCCUCACCCUCUACCCACCCUCGUCUCCAGCCGCUUCUUCUCUUCUGUUUUAAACAAUGUCUUUCCCAUGUAGCUUUGGGGAACAGAAAGAACUGAGGAAGAAAACAAAACAUUAAAGGCUUAAUAAAUGUACAUAACGAUAAGAGGUGAAAAGGGAUACACACUGCUCACAGAAAUGAGGGAAGCAUUAGAAUGAUCUCACUGUGAGACAACCAUGCAAAGAAAAAACGGGUUUAGAAAGGUUGGUAACAUAAAUUUUAUAAAUGCUACUAUGUCAGAAAGUAUGUAAAAACGACUGCACUCUGUAUUUAAUGCACUGUUUAUUUUUUCUUACCUACUGAUAAUACCAUUGGUUGAAUAGCUCAUGCCACUGCCAUGAAAACAGUACGUUUAUGUUGUUGUUGCAACUUUUUCCUGCUUGAUCAAAAAAAGUGCAUGCUUCGAUAUAUGGAGAUGAAAACAAAUAUUGUGGUACUUAAUUGAUCUCUUGUUUGUUAUUUUGUUGCCAUGUGAUGCAAAGCAGCUUUCAGUUUUUUCUUUCCCAAAGCAGCAACUUAAAGGAGGAGGAGGGUAGAGAAAUAGAAAGAUAGAGAGAAGCCAUUGGGAGUUUAGAGGGUUGUUUAUCCUCUGCUCUGGGGGAGCAAGGAAGAGCGAUAGAGGUGUGGAGGGAAAAGAGAGUAUGAAAGAGAACAGAGUAUAAACCUGGAUGAGGAUCACUGCAAAUCAACAGAUCCAAAGGACCAUCUCACUUCUGACACACACACACACACAUAUACUGCAACUUUAAGCAGCAUAUGGGUGUUUCUAGGUUAGUGGAUGAGGCACAUUUGCGUCUGAUUGGUCAGCCCUUGCAUAUGCUCCCUCCCCCAGCUGUCACUGACCUCUCUUUUCUCUGAUUCACCUCUCUUCUUCGGUGUGCAGCGGAGGGGCCUUUGAUGUCCAGUUCUGAGAGCCUCAGCCUUCUUUUUUUUUUGUAUACUUUAUUAAUCCCGCAAAGGGAAAUGAUUUGAUAUAUGAUAUGAUAUGAGAGAGAGAGGGAGGGAGGGAGGUGGGGGGCAGAGGCAGCCUGAUAUCAACAAUGCACCAACGGCUCAUCUACUGUCUGAUAUGAGAAAUGGCUAACAGCUGGGUUGCUUAACAAGCUCUGUUGCAGCUUCCCUUAGACAAUGGCUGGAAAUCGCUAUCACACUUAAUUCUUUUUCUCUGCCUGUCACUUUUUGUCUCACAUUUUCUUUAUCCUGAGAAAAAGCACUGAUCCAAUAUAUUUUGUUGGACACUGUUAAAACAGUAUACACUGAUUGAGACAGAUGUUCAUUGCACAAACAAAUACAGUAUGAUGAUGUAAAUGUGUAAAAUACUCUGUUGCUGUUCUGAUGUUGUUCUAAUGUAACAUACAGUACACAGUAUAUUUGUUGAAAAAAAAAAAAGAUGGUUAUCACAGACACAUUGUACUUUUGUGGAUGCAAAAUGUUUCAUGCUUUCCAUGCAGAUACAGAUGCUGUUUGUCUUCAGAUAUAAUUAUGGGCCAAUACUGCUGUGACAGCUGUAGCCAAUGUUGUAUGUUCUUAAAGCACAGGGUUUAGUUUAAAAAAUAAUGAAUAUAAUAAAAUAUAGUGUGACAGUGCAGAUAUGCAAAAGAUUGUAAUGUUUUAUAUUAACCUUCAUAAAAAUAUUAAAGUGAGUUUUUACUUUUCUAAUAAAGUGGCACAUUAUAACGUG